UAGUGGUCGGUAAUAAUUGGUGUUACAAAAUCUGCAUUCCCAACCCUCAAAUCUUUGUUUUACUUGUACGCGUUCAUACCCAUUGCCUAUGUAAUGUAAAAUCUAUCCCAAUUUGGUGGUGGGUCUCUCAGAUUACGUUCUAUCGUUCCCUUUCUGGGUUUGAUCCUAAAUCUUCAAGCUUGAGCAAUGGAGAACGAUAAUGAUGAAUACACUAAAGAGUUGAAUGUGGCCGUUAGGGUCGUCCACAUGGCAUGUUCCCUGUGCCAAAAGGUGCAGAAGCAAUUGCUUUUCCCAAACAAUUCCAAUCAGAUUAAGUCCAAGGAUGAUGAUUCUCUGGUUACUGUUGCCGACUGGGGUGUGCAAGCAACAGUAAGUUGGAUGCUCUCAGAAGCUUUUGGUGGACAAAAUAUAUCCAUUGUUGCUGAAGAAGAUGUUCAAACGCUUUCCAAGCCUGAAUCGUCAUCUCAACUGGGAAUGGUGGUCAAUGCAGUGAAUGAAUGCUUAGCUGAGGCGCCUAAAUUUGGUCUCAAGGGUCCAAAUGAUGCACUUGGUGCUUCACAAGUCCUUGAAGCAAUUAACCGAUGCGACUCAACUGGGGGCCCUGUGGGACGGCAUUGGGUCCUUGAUCCUGUUGAUGGAACACUAGGUUUUGUGCGGGGAGAUCAGUAUGCCAUUGCACUUGCUAUGAUUGAUGAUGGAGAAGUUGCAAUUGGAGUACUUGGGUGCCCUAAUUACCCAGUGAAGGAUGAUAGCCUGAUCAAAUAUAGUCAACAAUGUCCUUUCAUGUCAGAAAUGUCAUCACGGGAAGAAGGUUGUGUGAUGUAUACAAAGAAAGGCAGUGGUAAAGCUUGGAUGCAGCCCUUAAUUCAUGGCGAUAAGAGGCUCGAGUGGCAAAAUUCUGCAAGAACUAUACAUGUUUCUUCCAUUGACGAUCCUGCAUUAGCAACAUUCUGUGAGCCAGUGGAAAAAAACAAUUCAAACCAUUCCUUUGCGGCUGGUAUUGCUAAUACUGUAGGGCUAAGAAAGAAGCCGUUGCGAGUUUAUAGCAUGGUCAAAUAUGCAGCCAUUGCUCGAGGGGAAGCUGAGAUUUACAUGAAAUUUGCUAGAUCUGGAUACAAGGAGAAGAUAUGGGAUCACGCAGCAGGUGUUCUCCUUGUGCAAGAAGCUGGAGGUGUGGUUACUGAUGCAGGAGGGACACCAUUGGAUUUUUCAAGAGGAAUAUACCUAGAAGGUCUUGAUAGGGGAAUAGUUGCUUGUUCUGGGUUCAAGUUGCAUGAGAAAAUCAUUGGAGCCGUUUACGCUAGCUGGGAAUCAUCAAAUUUAUAAGCCUUACUAUCCUGCAGAUGGACUAAUGCAGUUAAUGGGACACUAUUUUCGUACUUGCUUCUAGGUUAGGCCUGUUCAACAUUUUUCCUUUCAAAUUCCCACCAUUAGCUACACCUUUGUCUGAAGUCACUGGUUUACUUAGCCAAAAUUAGGUUGCCAUCCAGCAAUUCUUUGGUUGGAAAUAUUUUCUUGUUCCAUAGGCCUAGUUGAAUUAAUCAAAUUCGGUAGUCUAAUAGAUUCCCUGAAAAGGGAAUAUUUAAGUAAUCUGAUUCUUGAUGCCAAAGCAUACAAGUACGGGUGGAGAUGACCCUAUAUUGACUGUCAAUUUGAUAAAAACUCCAUUGAAAGUUGAUCAAGAAAAGGAAAAAACAUGCAUGGCAAGUCAUCCUUCGUAGCAUUGAUUUUAUUGCUGCUAAUAAUUCUUUCAAUUAUUUCAGGCAAGGUAGUUUUUGAUGGAGUUGGCUCACUAAUCCUAAGACCUAAAAUAAGUGUCAUUACAGAGGCUUCUUCCGCUAACAAGUAAUUCCUUUAUUUUCUAGUACUCAGAGGUAGUCUUCAGAUUAUGCCUAUUUAAACUUUCUACACGCACCCCUCCCUCUAAACACUUAUUCCUACCUUGUGACCUUGGUAGGGAUUUUACGUAAUGUAAUCUUCUCAAGGGAUGCAAUCUUUGUAAAAUUCUACGCUGUUUUGUCUGAUAUUUUUACAAUUGAGACGACAAUGUUCUGAUCCCCUCUUUGAAUUUUUACUUAAAAUGAGAAAAAAAAAAUUGAAAAUUCUUGGCA